UCUCUAGCUCUGUACAAUCGUAAAUUGGAAAAAAAAACCUCCGGAGUUGAAAUUUCAAUCGUAUUUAAAUAAAAAGCGCCGGAUACAUAUGCGAAGGCAGCCAGCGGCAAAUUUUGUUGUUGCUGCUGCUGCCCUGCCGCCGUGAGAUCGAUCGGUCUGGCGGCCCCAACUAAAUAAUGUGGAACAUGAUGUGCGACGUAAUGCCCACAAUAUCGGAGGACAGCAUCUCGCAGCGCUCCUCGCAGUUCAGCGGCGAGGAUGCCAACUUCGAGCAGCUCAUGGUCUCCAUGCUGGACGAGCGCGACAAGCUGAUGGACAGCCUGCGAGAGGCGCAGGAGCGGCUGGGCGAGACGGAGAACAAGCUGCACGAUGUGGAGAAGGAACGCGACAGCCUGCAGCGCCAGAUCAACGCCAACCUGCCGCAGGAGUUCGCCACCCUCACCAAGGAGCUGACGCAGGCGCGGGAAACGUUGCUGGAGCGCGACGAAGAGAUCGGCGAACUGAAGGCGGAGCGCAAUAAUACAAGGCUUCUUCUGGAGCACUUGGAGUGCCUGGUCUCCCGACAUGAGCGCUCGCUGCGAAUGACCGUUGUGAAGCGUCAGGCUGCCGCCCAGAGCGGCGUCUCCAGCGAAGUGGAGGUACUUAAGGCCCUCAAGUCUCUGUUCGAGCAUCACAAGGCGCUGGACGAGAAGGUACGCGAGCGCCUUCGCCUGUCCAUAGAGAAGAACAACGUGAUGGAGGAGGAGCUGGCCUCUGCCAAGGAGGAGCUGGCGCAGUACAAGGCGGGCCUGGUGCCGGCUGGGGCAGGAAGUGGCGCCGGCGCGGGGAGUGUAACAUCCGCUGCCGGUGGUGGAGGGGCGGAAAACGGGCUCAAAGAGAAGUUGGCUGGUGUGGGUGGAGUAAAUGGCGAGACGAACGAGCUGAAUGAUUACGCGGCCAAGACCCACGAGUUGCAAACGAUCAUCGAGAAGCAGACCUCUGAACUCUCGCAAUGGCAGCGACGAGUCUCUGAUCUAAACAACAAGAUCAGCGAGCUGGAGGAGAGUAUGUCGCGAGUCCAAAAAGAUCACUGCAAGGCUCAGGACCAGUGUGCAAAACUGCAGCGAGAUCUGCGCGAAAAUGUGGCCCAAAAAGAGGAUCAGGAGGAGCGCAUUACCACACUAGAAAAGCGCUACGUAAAUGCCCAGAGAGAGUCCACAUCGCUGCAUGAUCUCAACGAAAAAUUGGAGCAGGAGCUGCGGCACAAAGAGGCGCAGCUCAAGCUGCACGAGGAGAAGAUCGGGGCCAUCGAGGAGAAGCUGGAGCUGUCCGAGCAGAAGCUCGCUCAGCAUGCCAAACUGCAGCCGGACAUGGAGGAGCAGCUAAAGGCGCGCAUGGAGGCAUUGACUAAGGUAGGAAACAAGGCUCAAGAAAGACACGGUUCGGCGGAAGACCGCAUCCGGGGAUUGGAAACGAACCUGGAUGAGAAGACCGCCGAGGUGGUAAGACUGAACCAGCGUCUCAAGAUGAACGAGGAGCACAAUCUACGCCUCUCCUCUACGGUGGACAAGCUGCUCUCGGAAUCCAAUGAGCGGUUGCAGGUGCAUCUAAAGGAGCGCAUGCACGCCCUGGACGAGAAGAACGCUCUAACCCAGGAGCUGGAGAAAGCGCGCAAGGUGGCCGAGGAGCUGCAUCAUGAGAAGAGCGAAAUCAUGAAGGAGUUGUCAAAAACUCGGCUGGAAAUCGAGAAUUUCAAGCGCCAGCUAUUGCAGCAGGAGAUUGCCUACAACAUCCAGCAGACAGAGGCGCUCACCCGCAGUCUCUCGCCCAGUAGUGUGGUGGACCCUAGCGGCGCUUUCUCUCGCAGUGCCUCGCACGCCAGCUUUGAGACGCACUCGCUGCGGCGGCAGAGCAAGCAGCGGCUUACGGAGGAGAAUGCCUUGGCACGUUCCAUGGCCGAGCAGGAGUGGGAGAAGCUGCAACAGGCUGCGCAUGCCCAGCAGCAAGCCUACGAGCUGGUGGCCAGUGCGGCUGACUGCGAUGACUCUGAUGCCCUGUACGCUGCCACGGCGGAUAUGAUGUCCCCCUCGGGUCACACAGACGCCCAGACCUUGGCCAUGAUGCUACAGGAACAGUUGGAUGCCAUUAACAACGAGAUUCGUCUGAUCCAAGAGGAAAAGCAGUCGACGGAGGCGCGGGCCGAGGAACUGGAAUCACGGGUGGGAAGCCUAGAGCAUGUAAAUCUCCUGGCCCGCGGGCGUUCCAUGGAUAGACAGAGUCCACCGAUGAGCGGUCGGAGUACACCCAACAGUCCCCAACGGGAUUUCAUGCAGAAAUAUCACACGCUCAACUUGCCAGUGCUGUCCAGCGACGCCUCCCGCGAGGAGAUCCAUGGUGGCAUGUCUACCACCGGUGAUUCAAGUUCUGGAGGAGCUGCGUCGCCCCUAACGGCCCGCUCCAUGCGCCUGGAGCGUGUGGCCCAGGCACUAGCCCACAGUCAGGAGGAGCUCCGAAGGCGUUCCAUUGGCAUCAACCCCAAUGCUCCGGUGGCGCCAAACCACAGUGGCGGCCACAUGCAGCUGAGCAGCCACAGCUACGGACUGUCGCCGCUCAGCUCGCGUUACGGCAGCCAAGAGUCGCUGCGUCACUACAACACCAUGGGCUCCAUGUCUAUGCUGCAGACGCCGACUUCGGGUGUUUCUAGAGACGCUGCCGCUGCCGCUGUGCAGAAGAAAAAGGGAAUCAAGUCUUCGCUGGGACGGUUCUUUAGCAAAAAGGAAAAGGUCAAGGGCGUGAAGGAUACGCUGCCCGACGGCUCGCCCAGCAUGAUGUCCAUUGGCAAUCUGUCGAUCGGACUAAGCGAGGUGGACUCAAACUACGAUGCCAUGAGUAUGACAGGCGGCAUGAUGCCCCGCAUAGCCAGCUCUCAGGGAUCCAAAAUAAGCAGCGUCGACUAUGGCAGGCAGAAGAAGGAGCACGACUAUCGCAAUGACUUGCUUGGCGAAGCCAUGAAGGCUGGUACACCCUUCGCGCUGUGGAACGGCCCCACUAUUGUCGCCUGGCUGGAGCUUUGGGUGGGCAUGCCCGCCUGGUAUGUGGCAGCAUGUCGCGCGAACGUCAAGUCGGGGGCCAUCAUGAGUGCACUUAGCGAUACGGAAAUACAGAGGGAGAUAGGCAUUAGCAAUCCCCUGCACAGGCUCAAGCUGCGUCUGGCCAUUCAGGAAAUGGUGUCCCUGACCUCUCCCUCUGCGCCACAAACCUCGAGAACCACGUUGGCGUUUGGUGACAUGAAUCACGAGUGGAUUGGUAACUAUUGGCUGCCCGGGUUGGGUCUGCCGCAAUAUCGUACAACUUUCAUGGAGUGUCUGGUCGACGCCCGCAUGCUGGAUCAUCUCACCAAAAAGGACUUGCGCGGCCAGCUGAAAAUGGUAGACAGCUUCCAUCGCACUAGCCUGCAGUACGGCAUCUCAAUGCUUAAGCGGCUCAACUACGAUCGCACAGAGCUGGAGCACAGGCGCAAGAUGAGCGAGAACGGUCUAUGCGAUGUGCUCGUGUGGAGCAACGAGAGGGUCAUCCGUUGGGUGGGCAGCAUUGGAUUGAAGGAAUAUGCCAAUAACUUGCUCGAAUCGGGAGUACAUGGGGGCCUAAUGGCCCUGGAUGAAGGCUUCGAUGCCAAUGCCAUGGGCCUGGCCCUCCAAAUACCCACACAAAAUGCUCAGGCUCGCCAAAUACUCGACACCGAGUUUAACAAUCUCCUGCAGAUAGCUACAGAUCGCCGGCCGGAGAACGAGCAGCGAAACGCCUCCUGAUGCAGCUACAGUCCGCCCACGACAUCGGUGGAUGAGUGAACCUGAGCAGCAUAGAACAGACAUUAGCAACCUACAACAAUAAAACUAAAAAGACCAGGGGCAACGUUUCCUAACGAGAGAAAGAUAGAUGUGCUAACAGCAACCAAGCCACAAAAACUCCAACAAGAAAGACGCAACGCAAGAGACUCCCCAGCAUGAUGCACGUCUAAUCCACAUAUUUAAUACAUACAAAAUAUAAAAACAAGCAUAGUCACAUAAUCCAUUACGAGACAAUGUAUACAAGACAUAGCACGUACUCUUCAUAGGACAUACGUAGUUGCAGGCGUGUACAAGUUUUAGAUGCUACUCAGUUUUCGAUAAUAUUAUUAUUAUUGUAUUUUUAUAGUGUAAUUGGGCUUGCAAUAGACUAACAGUAUUUUGUUUUAGAAGGAGAUACGAUGGCGUGCUUCGAACCAAAUUCGUGACCAAACCUGUUUGUUAUAUAAUUUUUAUGGCAUUUUGUACAGUUUUUAUUUUAAUCAAAUAUUAAUUUUGUAUUUUUUUUUUUAAUUUUUGAUGUUUACAAACUAACAUACGCUUUACACAUACAUAUGACAUUAUGGUGUUUCUGUUUAGAUCUUUUUGUAGCAGACAGAGACGGCGUUCCGAUUGAGUUUAUAAACUGAACAACAUGCACAACAAUCAGGCAUACAUAUAUAGUAACAGCUGCAUAUAUAUACAUAUAUAUAUACGAUUUAUAUAUUAUAAUAAAUCUAAUUAUAACAAAUUAUCAAGGAUACGUGUAACUAACAAGGAAGUAUUAGAAACGAAGUUAGGGAAAGGGAAGUCAAGUUGUAGCAGUCGCAAGCGCCCAUUAAAAUCAACUAUUUACAUACUUAUAUAUACGAGAUGGAUCGUUUAGUAAUUGAAAAAGCUUUAAAGGCGAAUCAUAAACCUAAACCUUUGCUUUAGCCCUUAAUAAGAGAAUUUCUUUGCUCAUUGGCCCGAGGGAGUUCCGAAUAAGACCUUUAAAUAUUUCUAAUGAACUAUUCACCAAAACCCAAAAGCAUAUCCAUUGUUUUUUAAAACAUAGAAAUCCGAAAACCUUUUUCAAACUUUCUUAGUUGUUACAUAAAUAAUUUAGAAAAGAAAUCUGUCUCUUCUGUUGAGAUCCCCUUCAAUUUCGCAUGUACUUAACGUCCUUAUUUAUGUUGAAGCACACAAACUGCCACAUAACAACAUAUAAUCAAGCCCACACUCGAGGCACCUAUGAGUGCUAUGUGUUUGGGGUCUUAGUUUAAGUUUUUAAUUAUUUGAACAUAAACCAAAAUCGCAACUAAUGCUUGUCUCCAAGUUGAACUACAAAAAAAAAAGAAAACAAACAAAAAAGGGAAACAUUUACAA